CUUUUUUUAUUUAUAAAAUAACUUUUCCACAUUUGAAUUAUGAACUUAUGAUUUUGAAGGGUGACACAAAAAACUCCCACUCCCACCCACCCAAAAUCAAAGACUAGAACUUGGACCUUUGAAAUGUUCCCCAAGCGUUUUCAGGACCCCAAAACAGGUUUCAAGAUGCUGAGUUCAAUGCAUGCCAAGAAAUACCUGAAGAAAAUUGGGUUUGAAAGUGAAGAUUACUUCUUUUGGAAACAAGUUGGGAAAGCCCUACUUUGCACCUACACCAUAAUGGGUGGUUUUUGGCUUUACAAUGGUGGAGCUUCAAAGUUGAAGCCUCAGCUGAAGGUAGACCAGGAGCGAGCCGAUAACCAGCAACGGCCAGAGGAAGAGCAGGAGCUAGACCAUAAACAGCACCAACAGUUCCCAUUGGCCAGCAAUUUAGAAGAAAUGAAGGAGUUUGUUUCUGAUAUUGGAACAAAGAUUGGUUUAAAAGGGAUGGUUGAGAAUGAUAAGGAGCUAGAUGGCAAGAAGUUUGAGCAGGAAGCACAGAAGUUGUGGAUGAAGAUGAGGAAUGAGGUUGUUUCUGAGCUUCAAGAGAAGGGAAUUGAUGUGGAAUGAAUACAAUUCAAUGCAAUGCAAAUGGCAAAUGCCAUUUCAUUUGUGAACUUGAUUGUGACUAGAGUAGAACACAACAUGUUAGGAAACAUAAUGCAUGGUUAGUAGUGAAGUAAUACUUUUCUGUGUAUAAAUAAAUGUUUAACAUUGAAUCGUUAUCAAAAUUGGACCGGAUCGGCCAUUUGGUCCGAACAAAAUUGGACCGGAUCGGCCAUUUGGUCCGAACGGCGGUGUACUAGCUGCUUGUUUUAUUCGGUUCUCCAAUUAGAUCGGAUAUGCACACAACUCCGGCAAACCUGGAAUGAACGGCCUAUUUUGAGAUCAAGCCGGACUGGUUCGAAGGCUAGAACGACACUGUAUUUGAGGUUGGAAAUAAUUCAAAAAUUUCAAGGUGUGUUACCCCUCCUCUACAACCAUUUAUGUUUGUAUAUUUAUCUAAUUAAAUAGAAUUCAACCAGUUUGACCAGUGAUUCAUUGGUGGUGGGUUCACUAAUAACCCUAUGUUUUGGCUGAGUUGAUUACUAAUCUGGGUUUAGUGAAUAUGCAUUGAAUGGUGAUAAAUGGAGGGAAAAAAUGAUUAGUAUCAACUUUCAAUUCA